GUGUCGUGAACUGCGACAUCAAGGAUGUUGUAAAUGUGAUGGGAGGUGUAGGGGUUUUGCUGCCUCUGCUGGAGCAGGUAUGUGAAACAGAGCAGGUUAACAGCGGCAGUCAGGAGAUCUCAGACCUGCUGGGACCAGAGCUCACCUCCAGAGGCCCCGCUUCCAUGCUGCUGCCACUCAACAAGUCCCCAGAGGGCAGACUAGAGAGAAACAGCAUUGCCGCCUUCCUGCUGAUGGUGAAAAACCUGAUUCUUCAUCACCCUGUUAAUCAGGAGUGCCUCCUGCAGUGCCACGGGCCGAGCAUCAUAGGAGCCAUGCUCAGCAAAGUUCCUGGCAGUAUGAUGGACAUGAACGUUUUAUUGGCCUGCCAGCUGCUGCUGGACCAGGUUUUCAACGAGGGGAACAGCCCACUUCUACAGCAGCUCUACCAGCACCUGCUCUUUGAUUUCCGCAUCUGGACUAAAAGCCAUUUUACCGUUUGUCUGGCCCACGUGCAGUACAUGGUGUCUGUGCUUAACAAAGGCAAGCAGCGAAUGAAGAGGAAGUACGGAGUCCAAUAUAUUCUGGAAACAAUUCGCACAUACUACAGUGUGGAGAAAGAUGGCAGCCCUCUGUCCGAUGAAAAGCAGACGAUUCAAACGUCUCUCUUCGCCUUGCUGAAAGACUUUCUAAAGUCUCCUACUCAAAAGGAGCUUCACACUGUCCUCGCCUACAUUGUGUCUGUCGGAGAGGAGAAGCAGGUGGUGAGGGCCUUGGACGUGCUGUACGAGCUGUUGCGGAGCAGCCCCCCCCAGGAGCAGGUGCAGGCCGUGCUGCUGGAGUGGGGGGUGGAGCAGCUGUACUGCUUGCUGCUCACUCCAAGUUUCGGAGACGAGGCCAGAGAGAGGGUCUUCAGGGUUUUAUACAAAAUCCUUAAAAGCGAGCGAGUGUCUGAGCGAAACAAGCAGCGCAUCAAGCUCAAGGAUUUUGGAUAUCUUGGCCUGGUUUGUUUCAUGGAUACGAUUCCCGUCACCAUGACUACUGUGCGGUGUCUUUACGAGCAGGUCCUUGCUACAGAUGCAACCCCGAACUUCAGAGACCUCCUGGCUGUCGUCUGUCUCUCCCACCGAGCUGAGCUCACUGUCCGCUUAGACGUCUGCCGCAAGAUCUUUCAUCUGAUCUACUCCAAUGAGGAUUAUGUGAAGCAGCUUGCUAAGCAGCCGGGCUGGCAGGAUGUUUUCACCAAGCUGUAUGUGAAAGAGUCCUACGAGUCACACGCUGCCAGCAUCGCAGGAUCCAGCAACCACACCUCCUUCGAGCCCAACUUCCGGCCUCCGCUGCACAGGGGGCAGUCUCUGGUCAUCGAGGACGCUCACCCGGAGAUGUUCCUGAACUACCGCACCUCGCAGGACAUCGGGGAUGAGGAGGAGGAGGAGGAAGAGGAGGAGGAGGAGGAGGAGGAGGAAGAGGAGGAGGAUGAAAGUGGUCAGCGAGACAUCUCUGAGGGAUUCUCGGAUUUAUCCCAGUCUCCUCCGAGUGGAGGAACGCUUAAAAACUUCACCGGCUCCCUUCAUUUUAAGUCUUUUGAUUCAGUGGACCAGGUGAGCCACUCGUCCUCCAUCUCCAAUGCCGUUGAUAUCACCUCCUCUCGCCCUGAUGAUGAAGGGAGAGACUACCAGCCGCUUUCCCCCUUUGGUACCCCCUUUGAUUUGGAUCUGGGGGGCAUGGGAGAUAACGGCACACACACUCCUGCGGGCAGCCUGACAAACACACCGUCUCCUCUAGAGAACUGCAAACUUUUCCCACCUGCCAGACCCAGGAAGAGCUCCAGUCUGUCCAACGUGCUGGAUGACACCAGCUAUGGGACAGACCCUCCAACUGGAGACACCAUCUCAAAUACGUCCAACCCACAGCAGACCCCCGAAGAGGAGCUGUGCAACCUGCUGACCAACAUCGUGUUCUCGGUGCUGUGGAGCCGCAGCGGGCCUGAGGCGUCGGAGGAUGUGGUUUGGAGAGAGAGAGGACAGGUGUUUUCUGUUCUCACCAAACUGGGUUCCUCCUGCCAACUGGUGCGCCCUCCUGAUGACAUCAAACGCAGUCUGCUGGAGAUGAUGCUGGAGUCGUCUCUGUCAGACCUGAGGGAGGCUCAGGGCGUGACCCUGCCUUUCUGUCCCAGCCUGGUUCGCCUCCUCAGGCUGCUGCAGGACUUCCUGUUUGCUGAGGGUACAGACAACCACACCCUGUGGAGUGAAAAGGUGAAUGGUAAAACCUUCACCGCUUUGGGAAUCUUUUGUACAGCAUUAAUUAGACAGAAGAGGUUGUGGGACUUCACUUUGCAGUACUGA